GAUUGAGCGGUCCGUGACGUCAUCCCACGACCGAAGACUGACCUGCGGAAGGGAAAACAAAUCGCUCCGGAGUCGUGUUGUUGAUUUUGUAUGUGUGCGUAUACGGAGCUCGAAGCAAGGAAAAGUACUAUCCUUUCUGUACUCUGUUUAGAUCUAUUAUUGCAGUGGAGAUCUGCGCAGUAAGCGGCCAUGGAGGCGCAGAGAGGCAGAGAGGACGUCAAGUUGCCCCCCGUGCUGCACAUCGUCGUGGUUGGGUUUCAUCACAAGAAGGGUUGUCAGGUGGAGUUCUCCUACCCCCCCCUGCUGCCGGAUGAGAGCCACGACAGUGGGGGCCUCCCUGAGCAGUGGAGGUACCUGCCGUUCCUCGCCCUGCCAGACGGGGCGCACAACUACCAGGAAGACACGGUGUACUUCCACCUGCCCCCGCUGAGCGCCGAGAUGAAGUGUGUGUACGGAGUGUCCUGCUACCGGCAGAUAGAGGCUAAGGCUCUGAAGGUCCGACUGGCAGACGUUACCAGGGAGACGGUGCAGAAAAGUGUGUGUGUCCUCAGUAGAGUGCCUCUCUACGGCCUUCUACAGGCCAAGCUUCAGCUCAUCACUCACGCCUACUUUGAGGAGAAAGACUUCUCACAGAUCGAUAUUUUAAAGGAACUGUACGAACACAUGAACGGCUCGCUGCGGGGGUCCACUCUGGAGGGGUCACAGGUGUAUUUAGGGUUAUCGCCGAGAGAUUUAAUACUUCAUUUUAGACACAAGGUUCUCAUCCUCUUCAAACUGAUCCUGCUCGAGAAGAAGGUCCUGUUCUACGUCUCGCCUGUCAACAGACUCGUGGGGGCACUGAUGACUGUGUUGUCGCUGUUCCCAGGGAUGAUCGAGCACGGCCUGGCGGACUCCUCCCACUACCGGCCCAAGAGCAGCCUGUCCGAGGAGCCGGGCGGCGGGGGGGCGGAGCCCGCCGCCGCCGUGACCACGCCCUCCAUCGAGGAGUUCGUCUCCGUCUCCGCCACGGACAUCGCCGAGCUGGUGGGGGAGGAGCCGCCCCCCCCCACGGGGGAGGGGGAGGGGGGGGACAGCCACCUCCUCAAGCCCCCCUCGCGGCCGUCCCCUGACUCGUCGGAGAGCGACUGGGAGACCCUGGACCCCAGCGUGCUGGAGGAGGCGGCGGCGGCGGCGGCGGCGGGCGGCGAGAAGGGGGCGGAGCAUCCGGAGACCUUUGACCCCGAGCCGGGCAUCCCCAUCACGUCGCAGCCCCAGGCGGUGUGGGGGCAGGGCGGGGUCGUCCAGGGGCUGGUGUCCGGGCUGGAGGAGGAUCGCUACGGGCUGCCCCUCCCCGUCUUCACCAAGGGUUACCUGUGUCUGCCCUACAUGGCCUUGCAGCAGCACCACCUCCUGUCCGACGUGACGGUGCGCGGCUUCGUUGCCGGGGCGACCAACAUCCUGUUCCGCCAGCAGAGGCACCUGAGCGACGCCAUCGUCGACGUGGAGGAGGCCCGCAUCCAGAUCCAGGACCCGGAGCUGCGCCGUCUGCUGGCGCUGACCACGGCCGACCUGCGCUUCGCCGACUACCUGCUGAAGCACGUGACGGAGAACCGCGAGGACGUGUUCCUGGACGGGACGGGCUGGGAGGGCGGGGACGAGUGGAUCCGGGCGCAGUUCACCCUCUACCUCCACACGCUGCUGUCCUCCACCCUGCACCAAGGUAGGGCCCGCCUCCAGCUCCACCCCCUAGUGUCCUCCACCCUCCACCUCCACACACUGCUGUCCUCCACCCUGCACCAAGACAGCGAGAGGCUUCUGGCGGACUACGGCGCCCCCUUCACCGCGGCAUGGAAGAUCACGCACAACUACCGCGUGUGGCAGAGCAACCGACACCAGGCCAUGACGGAGAUCACGCCAGGUCACCCCUUCCAGGGACAGUACAGUGUUGCAGAUGUGAAGCUCAGACUGUCUCAUUCGGUCCAGAACAGCGAGCGGGGGAAGAAGAUCGGGAACGCCAUGAUGAGCACCAGCCGGAACGUGGUGCAGACGGGCAAGGCCGUCGGUCAGUCGGUGGGCGGCGCUCUGACCAGCGCCAAGUCGGCGAUGUCCUCCUGGUUCUCCACCCUGGCCACCCCGCCCGUUGCCGUGGUGAUGCCGUCCCCGAGGAAGGGCACCACCAGGAGGAGCAGUGAGACCGUCCCUCCUCCUCCCCUCUCUCCUCCUCCUCCUCCUUCCUCCUUCCUCCUCCUGCUGCUGUGAGCCCGCUCUGCCCAGCGGGGGGGCGGCGAUGUCCGGGCCUCUACAGGACACUCUAACCCUAACCCGGCUCUGUGAAGGACACGACCUAUAGAAGGACUGCUGGCUGAAACCCCGUACAGGGGAACCCCCAGACACACACCUACACCUACACACACAGACCUACACACACAGUGCUCUGAUGAGUAAGGGGGGGUGACAGCAGACGUCGAUGCUGUAGGCUUCUGACCUGAUGGUCACUGAUCCUCGUCUCUGACGCCCGUCCAAGUCCUGUAAACGCGAUCCGAAGCUCGUCGCUAUGAGCAGCGUGUUUGGUCAAUGCUUACAUCUCCGUCAGGUCGGGUUCGAUUCUGUUUGGGCCGGAGCUCCCUGCAGUUGAAGGGCACGUCGCUAGGGGUCCUGUGGUUAAACGCGAGCUGGUCGUCUCCUUCCUCUGUUGUCGUCUGAUUUCAAACCUCGUCAACGGUAAACUGUCCUUCUGCCUCUUUCUCGGGAGAGGGGGGGUUCUUGAGAUGACUCGACUUGUCUACUAAACAGAUUUUGUGACGGGUUCGGCGGGGUCUACUGUCGGGGUCUCGAGACCAACAAAGGGAAAAGCUGUCACCACUAACCGGCGAGUUUGACGGCGUUGCGGCCUGCAUUCCGGGAACAAGAUAUUCCCUUUGUGUAUUUUUUGCGUUCUUAUUUUUGUUCUUUUCUCCCCGAUCAAUUAUGAAAGCACCCGACCAGAUAACGACCGGCCGUUAGUCCCUGCACAUGUUUCUUUCAGAUCAAGAACACAUCCCCCCCCCCCCCCCCCCCCCCUUAUCUCCUGAGAUGCACCUCCUUCAAUUUCGUAUCCAAGGUGAUUCAAACCCCCCCCCCCGCAUCCCAAUGCUACUUGCAUUAGCUGGUAGUGAAUAUUUAAAUCGAUAUACAUGCAUCAUUUAUUGUAACGCGAAGGGGUACUGAGUGGAAGGCUAAGGGGUAGAAGUGACGGGGAACGGGGGUUAAGACGUAUUUAUUUGUCGGUCAUCAUGCUGGCUGUCCCCCUCCGACGUGGUCGACGCUGGAACUGUCCGUUGACCUCAUGGUGCUCCUGCCAGUGUUGCCAGAUUGGGCCCGAUUUACCUCCCAAUCUGGCAACCCUGGCUGCAGUUUACUGCAGGGGUUGCCAGAUUGGGCGGGAAUACUGAUUGGCAUAAAUUCGGCAACACUGCAUCCAGCUCUAUGGUCUUUGGUUUGAGGGAUUAUUUUGGGGUCGUUCUCUUUUCUGAAGAGUUGCAUGCUGCCCUGUCCGUUUAGUUUUUUUACGGUUGAAUUGAGUGCUCGUUUUCAGUUGGUUUCGUCGUCAACCGAUUUCUUUUCUGAUUUACUUUUAUACUUUUGUUUUUACCCAUGUGUUCAACAUCUGACGAUGGUCUUCCCUAAUGAGAAAAACGAGUUGAUCUAUUUACGUUUUUUAUUAAUGUUCUGCAGAUAUAUUUCUAAAUGUGUAUUUAAAAAAAUGAAUGUAUUGUAAAAUUGUGACAUAUUCACAGAAUAUUUUCGUGACUGACCCUUUUAAAGUAUUUGGGAACUAUGCGAUAUACACUAUAUUGUUGCAUUAAAAAAAAAAAUUAAACCAGA